AUGACCUUGAUGAAAGAGAGUUUCUACGAGGCUCUUCUACCCUCUUCUGAGGUGGCCGAGGCCAAUGCGGACGACUCCAGGGAGGAGGAGAAGGCUGCACUGCAGUCUGGGGCGAGGACUGGAAUAGCGGAGCUGAGCAAGCAAGGGGCUGGGAGGCUAGUCAUGCACAGCAUGGCCAUGUUCGGCCGGGAGUUCUGCUACGCUGUGGAGGCCGCCUUUGUCAUGCCAGUGCUGCUCACUGUAGGGCUGCCCAAGAACCUCUACAGCCUCGUGUGGCUCAUCAGCCCUAUCCUGGGCUUUAUGCUGCAGCCUGUGGUAGGUUCAGCCAGUGAUCACUGCACCUCUAGCUGGGGCAAGAGGCGACCUUACAUUCUGGGUCUGGGCAUCAUUAUGCUGGUAGGCAUGGCUUUGUACCUCAAUGGGGACGUGCUGAUCUCAGUGGGGGGAGGAGUGUGUCCUUAUAGAUUGAUUUAUCCUCUGUCUUGGGUAUCUCUGAUGUUGUAUAUGCUGUUGUCAAUUGAUGUCCCCAUCAAAGUGUAUUUAUUUGAUGUCUGCUCUCAUCAGGAAAAAGAGAAGGGUCUGCAUUACCAUGCCCUCCUUACAGGCUUGGGAGGAGCCCUAGGUUACCUGACAGGGGCUGUGGACUGGAGUAAGACCAUACUGGGACAUCAUUUGGUAUCUGAGUUCCAGGUGAUGUUGUUCUUUGCAGCCUUAGUUUUCCUGCUCUGCCUCAUUCUACACUUGUGUAGUAUCCCUGAAGUCCCCCUCAAAUAUGAAAGCAAAGAGACCAAGUUCUUGUUGGAAGUGGAUGAACUCCGUCAGUAUAAAUCCAUAGAGGAAAUCAAGAAUGGUUACUUAAAAUCAGCAUGUUCUGAAAUAAAAGCUGCACCUAAACCAAUGAAAUCCUCUAGUCCAUCGCACACAGACACUCAGCCGCGGAUGACCCUUAAAUCGCUCCUGAAGACGCUUAUAAGCAUGCCAUCCCACUAUCGCUACCUGUGCGUGAGCCACCUCUUCGGAUGGAUGGCUUUCCUGUCCAACAUGCUCUUCUUCACAGAUUUCAUGGGACAGAUUGUGUACAAGGGCAGUCCCUACGUGCCUCGCAACUCCACCCUUUACCUUGCCUAUGAAAGAGGAGUGGAAGUUGGAUGCUGGGGGCUGUGCAUUAAUGCAGUUUCUUCAUCACUCUAUUCUUACUUGCAGAAAGCCCUUCUGCCAUAUAUAGGAUUAAAGGGACUUUAUUUCAUUGGAUACCUACUUUUUGGAUUAGGUACUGGCUUAAUUGGCUUGUUUCCCAACUAUUCCACCCUGGCUCUAUGCUCCCUCUUUGGUGUCAUGUCCAGCACACUGUACACAGUGCCAUUCCACCUCAUUGCAGAGUAUCAUCAGGAAGAAGAGAACCCGAAGCUGCAGGAUGGAGAGCAACCUGGCACACAUGGGCGUGGGAAGGGCAUUGACUGAGCCGCCCUCACUUGCAUGGUGCAGCUGGCCCAGAUCAUUCUUGGUGUGGGCCUCGGCCUCCUGGUUAGUGUUGCUGGCAGCACGGUCACGGUGAUUUCGGCAUCCACCGUGGCACUGAUUGGCUGCUGCUUCGUUGCCUUUUGUGUUCGAUAUGUGGGGUAAGCCACAGGGGAGCGUUUUCUUUCUGGUUCAGGAGCACUGGUGCUGGUGCCAUGCUGAGGUUGCUGGCACGUCCUCUUCUUUUACCUCCUUGGAAUGGUUGCAAUUCCAGAGU